AUGAAUCCAAGCAUGAUACAUCAGAUCGUUUUCAGUAGGCUGGCAAUGAGAGCCAUAGACAUGGACAGAUUCCAUGUAAGAGGAAUGAGGUGGAACAGUGAACGAAUUAGCAAAAGACGAUUCGUCCGUAGGAACAGGCUUGAUGGCGCUUCACUCGUCAUCGUCCGUAGGAACAGGCUUGAUGGCGCUUCACUGCACUUUGACAAAAGCAGAGCUUUGGUGCUUACAGGAAACGAAAGUAACUCAACAAGAAUUGUAAUUCUUAUAGUCCUGCCGAUUGUCGCUUCUUUUGUUCUAAUCAUAUGCAUCUGCAUCUUCUAUACAAGAGUGAAGAAAUCAAGGGAGCAACUUCAAAAUGAACAUGAAAUUAGUGGUGCUGAAGAAAGGCUGCAAUUCGAGUAUCGGAUAAUUGAAGUUGCUACAGAUAACUUUUCUACUCAAAACAAGCUUGGAGAAGGAGGAUUUGGUGCUGUUUAUAAGAGUACGUUUCCAAAUGGAAAAGAAAUAGCUGUGAAGAGGUUGUCCAUGGGUUCUCAACAAGGAGAUGCAGAAUUUAAGAAUGAGGUAAGGUUAGUGGCUAUGCUUCAACACCGAAAUUUGACAAGGCUUCUAGGAUUUUGCUUGAAAGGGAGAGAAAGGCUUCUAGUCUAUGAGCUUGUAAGUAAUUCAAGUCUUGAUAAGUUCAUAUUUGAUCCAAUAAAACGUGCACAAUUGAAUUGGGAAGUGCGUGACAACAUUAUACAAGGCAUUGCUCGAGGACUUCUUUACCUUCACGAAGAUUCACGACUUCGUAUUAUUCAUCGUGAUCUCAAAGCUAGCAACAUUUUAUUAGAUGCAGACAUGAACCCCAAGAUUUCAGAUUUUGGGACCGCAAGAUUAUUUGAAGCAGAUCAAACUCAAGCCAAUACACACAAAAUUGUGGGGACCUAUGGAUACAUGCCUCCGGAAUAUGCAAUACGUGGACACUUUUCAGUAAAAUCCGAUGUGUUUAGUUUUGGUGUGUUAGUUCUGGAGAUAGUGAGCAGUAAAAAAAUUAAUUCUAUAAUUUAUAAUGGAGAUAAUGAAGUCGGCCUUCUAAAUUAUGCAUGGAGAAAUUGGAGGGAGGGGACAAUUUCAAAUCUUGCAGAUGCCACCGUAAGGAACAGUUGUUCAGAAACUCAAAUAAUGAGAUGCAUCCACAUUGGGCUAUUAUGUGUUCAGGAAAACUUGGCUGACAGACCGAACAUGGCUUUAGUUGUUCUCAUGUUCAAUAGCCAGUCUAUCACUUUACCAAUACCCACAAGACCUGCCUUUCUUAUGCACAGCAACAAUGAUAGAUCAGAUAAAGUACAUGGAAGUAGCUCUGCCCAACCCUCGAUAAAUGAGGCUUCAAUUUCUGAGCUAGAUCCUCGGUAGCAUUUGAUGGAAAUGCCCCCUUUUAACUUAAACCUUUGUGUUUGGAAAUGAAAUGUUAUA